AUGAAAAUGGCACGGAUCAUACUUGUGACACUUCUCUUGUUUAACUUGGUUAUUGUUCCUUCUAUAGCUUUUCCAUUUGGACUUGACUGGGGAUUUCAUUUUGGAAAUAAUGAUGAUGCACAAGAUGAUAAACAACAAGUCCAACCACUACCAGUAUUUGGUGAAGAAAAGGGAAAUGCAAAGUUUGGCGAUGGAAAGGGAAAUGAAAAGUUGUUUGAAGAUGAAAAGCUAAUUGCAAAUGCUGCGGCUGAUGGUAGAGCUAAACUUAAGGUAGGAUUCUAUAGCCAAACCUGUCCCAAUGCUGAGAAAAUCGUUGCUGAAGCUCUUGCUGAAAGUGUUAAGAUUAAUCCAGAGGCAGUUGCUCAACUCCUUCGUCUUCAAUUUCAUGACUGUUUCGUUGUUGGAUGUGAUGCAUCCGUCUUGCUAGACUACUCACCAACAGGAGACAAAGUAGAGAAAAGUUCUAUGUUCAAUGGUCAACUUCUCAAAGGAGCUGACACAGUUGAUGACAUAAAAGAAAAGCUAGAAGAACAAUGUCCAGGAAUAGUGUCAUGCUCAGACACAUUAGCAUUCUCAAUCAAUGAAGGAAUGUACCUUGCCGGUUUACCUCGUAGAGAACCUCUUGGCGGCCGCAGAGAUUCGCUCGUUUCUCUCGCAUCCCUCGUGGAAGACGACAAUCUCCCACAGCCUAAUUGGUCAAUGGAAAAAAUGGUUUCACUCUUUAUAAAGAAAGGUUUCACAAUUGAAGAAAUGGUUAUCUUACUCGGAGCACAUUCAAUUGGUUCGGCUCAUUGUGAUGUUUUUAUGGAAAGGAUUUUUAAUUACGAAAACACGAGGAAGCCUGACCCUACACUAACAGAUCCAGUUGUUCAGGAGUUUCAAGGUAUCUGUAAGAAUGCUGGGACACAGCUAUUUAGAAACCCAACUGUGAAUUUCGAUGAGACACCAACAAAGCUUGAUAACUUGUUUUACAAGAAUAUGGUGACAAGAAACAAGACGGUCUUGGUUACGGACUCUAAUUUGAUUAAUGAUCCUAGAACAAUUCCUAUUGUUGCGAAGAUGGCGGCUGAGAAUGGUUUGUGGCAAAAGAGAUUUGCUGAUGCUAUGGAUAAGAUGGGUGCUUUAAAUGUUCUUACUGGAAAUGAUGGUGAAGUGAGGACGACUUGUAGGGCCACUAAUAACUAA